UGCACUUCCCCUUGAUUCCUGCUAUUUAGGGCUGCGAAUAAAGUAGAGAAAACGCCGUCUCCCUUCCCACAGGAACGCAGCUUUCCACGGACAACCCCUGACACGAGCGCGGAAGCCCGGGCAGCCGUGAGGCGAGCCCGCCAUUUCCUCGCCCGCCCGCCCGCCGCGCCGGCCCCCUCAGCGCUCGGCGGGGCCGUGAGGAGCGGCGCCGACCCCGAGUCCUUCCCGCAGGGCACCGGCCACGGGACGGAGCCACCGGAGCCCGCUGCCCGCCUCCGGAAGCGGAAACAUCGAGGGACGGAGCCACCGGGGCGAGCAGCAGCGGCUGGCGGCGUGCGGCAAAAAUGUCUGCAGCAUGUGACUUUCUUACACUCUGCACUGGGCAGAAGAUGCCUCUCAUAGGACUGGGAACCUGGAAGAGUGAACCUGGCCAGGUGAAAGAAGCAGUGAAAUAUGCCCUAAGUGUGGGUUAUCGCCACGUGGAUUGUGCAGCAGCUUACAGCAACGAAGCUGAGAUCGGUGAGGCUUUCCAGGAGAGCGUUGGACCCAACAAGGUUGUUAAAAGGGAGGACCUGUUUGUAACAUCAAAGCUCUGGAACACCAAGCACCACCCAGAAGAUGUAGAGCCAGCAUUAAGGAAAACACUUGGAGAUUUGAAACUGGAUUAUUUGGACCUGUACCUCAUGCACUGGCCUCAUGCCUUUGAACGAGGGGACAAUCUCUUCCCAAAGAAUCCUGAUGGAACAAUGCGGUAUGAUUACACCGAUUACAAGGAUACCUGGAAGGCUAUGGAGAAGCUGGUGGAAAAAGGUCUUGCAAAAGCCAUUGGGCUGUCAAACUUCAACAGUCGUCAGAUUGAUGAUAUAUUAAGUGUGGCUACUGUCAAACCAGCUGUGCUCCAGGUAGAAUGUCAUCCGUACCUAGCUCAGAAUGAGCUGAUAGCUCACUGCCAGAAAAAAGGACUGGUCGUUACUGCCUACAGUCCCCUGGGUUCACCAGAUCGCAUGUGGAAACAUCCAGAUGAGCCUGUGCUUCUAGAGGAACCUGGGAUCAAGAAACUGGCAGAAAAAUACAGCAAGUCACCUGCCCAGAUCAUCCUCAGAUGGCAAGUGCAGCGUAAAGUGGUUACCAUUCCCAAGAGCGUCACUCCUGCUCGCAUUCUGCAGAAUGUCCAGGUGUUUGAUUUCAGCCUCACAGAGGAGGAGAUGAGCCACAUUGGAAGCCUGAACAAAAACUGGCGUUACAUUGUGCCAAUGAUUACGGUGAAUGGGAAGCCAGUACCAAGAGAUGCUGGACACCCCCAUUACCCCUUCAAUGACCCCUAUUAACUGCAAAAUAAGGUGUUAGAAUAAUGUGCUCCUCUGCAUACUUUUCCACAAAGUAAUGAGUGCCAUAAUCUGUCAAAACUGUAAAACAAACAACAACAAAAAAAAGUCCAAAUUAAUCCUGCCCAGGAAGGAAGGUUUUCUUACAAUGUACUGCUUUUAAUUGACCUUCCUUCUGAAGGUCCUGUAGCUUCCCUAUCAGAGUUUGCAGUCAUUGUAAUGAAUCCACCAGCUUGCCUUGGGAAACAUAACGUCUUUUGGCAUUAGAUAAAGAGUGGGAGAUUCUAAAUGAAAUUCCACACAUCGUUAUCAGGCUAGGGCAAUACUUUGUGUUUUCUGUCUGUUGAACGGUUUUGAAAUCUUUAUUACCAUGAUGGGGGGGGGGGGGAAAGGGGAAGGCAUGAAAGCAUUUUCAGACUAAACAACUACCCAGUUAUCACCUUCAAUAUUUUCAUUAAUCUUUUAUACAGGGAAUUAAGUGAAAUGUGCUACGGUUGCACUGUGUCUAUAAAGUGUUCAUUAAAACCCAAGUUAUCAUCCAUGCUGAGUGCUUUUUAUCCCCUUUGGAAUACUCAUGGGACUUAAACUCUCUCCUCUUUAUUUUCUUUUUCUUUUAAUUUCUGUUGAUUUGAGGGGAAUAAAUGUGUAACCUGAAGCAGGCCUUCAGGGCAAUCA